AUGGCAUCAACAACGUUCAUUGUUUCGGAACUUAGGUCUAAUUUUGUAAACAAGACCAACAAAAAUAUCCCUCCUCUACAGAAAGGUUACUGCAAAGACAAUGAACGCUCAUCGAAGCAACACGACCCGAACGACCUGCGUGAGCGGCAGCGACGAUGGCACAACAAUGGGAAAAAUCACAAUUAG